CCAAGGUCAUUCCUCGGGACCUGGCUCUGGGUACUACUGCUGCGGUUGCGCCCGAUUUCAUUUACGGAUAUAAAUAUGAGCUGUAGUAGCAGGGGCGACCUCGCAGAACUCUCCAGCUAAAUCAACAAUGUCUCCCGCACCACCCGAAGUACUGAUCGUCGGCGCAGGCCCCGCUGGGCUUGUCGCGGCUCUAACACUCGCGCACAAUGAUAUCCCGGUGCGCAUCAUCGAGAAACUCCCCUCCCCGCGCCUAGGCCAGAAAGGCGCCGGCAUUCAGCCCAGGUCACUCGAGGUCUACAGAUUUCUCGACGUGCUGCCAGACCUCCUGUGGGAGGGUACGCUCUACCCUCCCAUGCGUCUGUACAAACUCCCAGGCGGGACGGAGGUCCUCAGGGAGUGGUACAUGGUGGAUCCUACCGAACCAAAGCCUGGAGUCCCUUACUUGAAUGGACUUUUGCUUGGUCAAGACCACCUCGAGGCGACGCUGAGGAAGCAUCUCGAGCGGCGCGGGUACCAUGUUGAGUUUGGGACCGAACUGGUCUCACUGGAGCAAGACGCGGAUAGAGUCGUCGCGCGUCUUGUUAAGAAGGAGAACGGCCAGGAUGUGCACGAGACCAUCGAGACCAAGUUCUUAAUCGGAGCAGAUGGUGCUAAAGGUAUUGUGCGGAAGCAACUCGGCCUGAAAUUCCAGGGCGAGACUAGGGAUGGGCAGCACAUGAUCAUCGCUGACGUCCAUAUUGAAGGUCUCGAUAAUGAUCAUUGGCAUAUGUGGAGAAAAGAUAACGAAGCACAACUCCUGCUGCGUCCGACAGAGAGGCGCGACAAUGUAUACACCCUAAUGGGCUGGGCAGCCGGCUUCGAUCCCGUCGAGGCAGCCAAAGAUCGCCAGGCAGUCGUCGACUUCGUCCACAACGUCACAGAUCGGAAGGAUUUGAAAAUCGGAGAGUUUGUUUGGGUGUCUGAUUGGCGACCGAACAUCCGCAUGGUCGACAGGUUUGGCGAAGGACGGGUGUUCCUGACAGGAGAUGCGGCACACGUCCACAGCCCGACCGGUGGCCAAGGCGCGAACUCUAGUAUCCAGGACUCCUUCAACUUGGGCUGGAAGCUCGCGCUCGUCAGCAAGGGCCUCUCCCCGCUUUCCCUCCUCUCGACAUACACCGAAGAGCGCCUGCCCGUCAUCGCCGAGAUGCUCGAGGUAACCACCAACCUGCUCAACCGCACCAUGACCGGCGCGCACUCGGACGCGACGUGGCAGCGCGGCGGCGCGCUGCUGCAGCUCGGCGUGAACUACCGCUGGAGCUCCGCCGUGCUCGACGAGCGGCAGAAGGAGAAGGAGGAGGCCUCCGGGCACGCCUACGGCGGGGCGGCACCGGGGCAGGUCGAGGCGCUGCGCGCGGGCGACCGCGCCCCGGACGCGCCGGGGCUCGUUCCGCGGUCCGCGGCGGCGUACCCCACGAGCCUCUUCCAGGUGUUCAAGCCCACGUUCCACACUGCGCUCAUCUUCGCGCGGGACCCGGCGAAGGCGGCGGGUGUGGGCAGGUUCCUGAAGAAAUACCCGGCGAAGAGCAUACAUUCCGUUGCGGUCGCGCCAGGCAAUUGGGGAUUCGGACCGCAUGUCACGUUCGAGGAGGUGGACGCGGCUUUCCUGGAUUGGGACGGGUAUGCGUAUAAGCAUUACGGCGUCAAUUCGGAUGAUGACGGCUUGACUAUCGUCGUGGUGAGGCCGGAUGGUGUGGUGGGUGGUAUAGUCUUCGGAGAAGAGGGAUUAGAGCGUUACUUCAGCAAGAUUUUUGCUUGAGGAACGGAGUGCAGGAUUCGGGCUGUACGAUAGAGCGGGACUUUGGCAGUACCACUAUAAAAUAGAAGGCACAAUCUCUACUCUUGGGAGAAGCGUGAGUCUCUACAGGCGAUAUCGUCUCGGAAGGGACUAUUGGUUUAUAUGUGUUCUCUAGAGUUUGCAACUUUAUGAUCGAGCU